AUGAUGACAACAGUACAGAAUAAAGAAGAAUGUGGGAAGGGACCAAAGAAAACCUUUGCUCCACCUACACAAAAAUCCCAUUUCCUGGUACCUUGUGAUCCUAAGGCACCGAAGACAGAGACUCUGGGGGUGAAAGCCCCAGAAGCAAAGGCCAGGCCACGCCUCCCCAAGUCCAGAUUAGAGAUGAAUGAAGAGAAAGCAGAUACAGAGAAUGGCUCAGGCAUUGGCCAGGAGCAAAAAGGAAAGACUCCAGAGAAGAAGCAAAACAAGCAAGCUGUGAAGAAAGAAAAGGGAAGAUCAAGUCUUACGAAUGCAGAAUUUGAAGAGAUUGUCCAGAUUGUGCUCCAGAAGUCCCUGCAAGAGGAAGGAGGGAUGGGAUCUGACUUUGAUUUUUCAGACACUUCCUGUGCCCAGUCCAUGGUAUAUACUGGAUCAGACAAAGUGCCAGGAAAUACUGCUGCUGCUACUGGUAAUGAUGCUGUUGAUGGAGAGAAGAUGAUAGUAACUCACACUGCAAAGACUUCAGCUCCUCAGGAAGACAAAGCUGUCCCUGCGUUCAGAGCGUCUAAGCAAGGCCGCCCAGAUCCUGCACCUUCUGAAAAGAAAUCAAACAGACCUCGGUUAAGCAAAAGAAAGAAGGAAGUCCAGGAUGAGAAGAUGGAGAGUGACCAAGGUGGAGAUGAGCACAGACAGAAAAAUGAACCAAAGAAAAUGAUUCAAGAUCUGUCUCAGAUCAGUGGUGAGCAUACAGGAGAUUAAAAUGGUUUGGGUCAAUAUCUAGUUUGGGUCCAGUGUUCUUCCUCGAACUGUGAGAAAUGGAGGCGGCUGCAUGGGAAUAUUGACCCCUCGGUUCUUCCAGACAAUUGGUCUUGUGCUCAGAAUCCAGACUUGAAGUAUAAUAGCUGUGAUAUUCCUGAAGAGAGCUGGACAGGACGUGACAGUGAGGUGGCCUAUGCUACCUACAUCCCAGGAUCCAUCAUCUGGGCCAAGCAGUAUGGUUAUCCCUGGUGGCCCGGCAUGGUGGAAUCUGAUCCUGACCUGGGGGAAUAUUUUCUUUUUGCCUCUCACCUUGAUUUAUUGCCGUCUAAAUAUCAUGUGACGUUUUUUGGAGAAACUGUUUCUCGAGCCUGGAUCCCUGUCAACAUGCUGAAGAACUUCCAGGAGCUGUCCCUGGAGCUGACAGGAAUGAAAAAGUACCGAAACAAGGACUUCAGCCAAAAGCUAGGGGCAGCACUAAUAAUGGCUCAACAGGCAGAACAGAUCAGCAUUCAGGAGCGGGUUGCCUUGUUUGGUUUCCAGAGUCGAUACGCCAGGUCUGACAGCAAUGGGGAAGGAAAAGACUUAAAGUCCUUUGAGGCUAACAGCCCAGAGUCUUGCUUGGAGAAGGAGCCACAGAUAGAAGACAAGGAGUCACAGAAGGACCCAACUUUGCCCAGUCCCAAGCAAGCCAAAAUACGAACAAAAAAUCCCAAACGAAAGGGAUGUGACACAGGAAUGGCCAAUGGACAAGGCGAGACCCUGCCAAAGAAGAUGAUGAAGAAGUCUCUGAGCGGCGAAUCUGCAGCUCGUGCACCCACAGUGGGAAGAGAAGACCAAUGGAACUCAGAUCUUGACCAGCCAGGCCCUAAGAAAAAAUUUAAAACUCCUCAGAGCAAGGCCUCAGGAGCCACUCUGUCUGAGGAAGAAGUUAGCACAGUGCCAAAGAGCUUGGCCCAGCAGGUGCCACUGGGGACCUGUCCCUCCCCGGGAACAGAAGGGCUCAGGCCCCAGGAACCAGCAGCCCAGGAGACUGAAACUCUCCCUUCUGAAGAUGAAGUCUCCAGUGACUUGGACCUGGAGCAGCUCCUGGAAGAUACUGGAAAAGAAUCCGAGGAGAGAGAGGAACCACAGCACACAGACAGUGAAGAGGAGUUCGUGGUCCUCUUUGAGGAGUAG